AUGGUUACAAAAUUGGGAUUGCUUACCACUCGGCAUCCUAAGCCAUACAAGCUCCAAUGGUUGAACGAUAGCGGAGAAACAAAGGUACAUCGGCAAGUGAAGGUACCUUUCUCUAUUGGUGACUAUGAUGAUGAAGUUUUAUGCGACGUAGUACCCAUGCAAGCAGGACAUUUGCUACUUGGACGUCCAUGGCAGUUUGAUAGACGAGUCAAACAUGACGGUUACACUAACCGAUAUUCAUUUGAAGCCAAGGGCAAGCGGUUUCGAUUGUUACCUCUCACACCGAAAGAGGUAUACGAAGAUCAAGUUACACUACUCAAAAGAGAAAAAGCGUUGAAUACGAGUGACCAUGAGGUAGAUCACUUAAAACUUGGUGAGGUAUUGAGAAAACCCCAGAAAAAAGCCUGUGAGAGAAAUCCCGAGAGGACAAACAUUCUUCUUUUCACGAGAGCUAGAGAGAUUAAGAAAGCUAUGCUUUCGAACCGGCCGAUGAUUUUACUCAUGUAUAAGGAGGCCUUAUUUGCUAAUGAACUAAUCUCUUAUUUGCCUAGUGGUGUUUGUAAGUUGUUACAGGAUUACGAGGAUGUUUUUCCGGAAGAGAUCCCGAAUGGUCUACCACCCUUGCGAGGAAUUGAGCACCAGAUUGACUUCGUACCCGGUGCUAGCCUUCCAAACAAACCAGCGUACCGUACUAACCCAGAUGAAACAAAGGAGCUUCAACGACAAGUGACUGAACUCCUGGAGAAAGGUUAUGUUCGGGAGAGCAUGUCGCCAUGUGCCGUACCGGUAAUUCUAGUUCCAAAGAAAACAUUUGAGAUCGAAUGUGAUGCUUCUGGUGUAGGAAUUGGUGCGAUGCUGAUGCAAGAAUAG